ACUCAACUAUCUGCAAGGAAUUGCUCACUGGACAACAACUAACAACCUGAAAAUGUACUACAUCUUCUUUCUGUUCUGUUCGUUAGUGGCGGCCGUACCACUCGAGAAGGUCAGUUAUUAUACUUUGUUCAUCUUCAACAGUUAUGUUAUUAUAUUGAUGGAAUUGUCAUUUAGAUUCAAAGCGAUUGGAAAUAUUUAUUUCUUGAUCUAUAUAUUUAUGUGUGACAAAUAAGUUACUAUUUGAAUGUAUUAUUAUUGUUGUCAUUGGCAGAUUAUUUUUCAAAUGGCCAGUUGUAUCCAACUCAAUUGAAAAUGUAUACCUCUUUAAAAAAACAGUUAUUUUCAAACAAGUUGACCACUAUAAAAUUUCAAGAUGACCACCUACUGGCUAUCAAGUUUUAGAAAUUUAAUAUCCAGACUAAUUGAUAUCACGAAAUUUCCAUUUAGACUAAGCUUGUACUUAGACUUAAAACUGGAACAUUCUUUGAUCCAGAGAUAUUGAAACUCAGACAAAAAUGUAGAUGUAAUGUAUGUAUAAGAAAUCUACACGUUUCGGGAUUGAUAUUUCAGUAAACAAUAAUAUACAUUUGAAAUUAAAUGACGAUAUUGAUAUGCUUCCAUAUUCACAAUCAGUAAAUAUGUUGUAAAAUAAAAUAAACAAAUGAAUGUUAGAUAUCUACCAUUAAAUUUGUUGACUAUUACAACAGAGACAAGAGAAGAGUGACGUCAGCUUGUUGGUAAACAAUUUAAAGGCAACUGUCGCCAACCUCGGCAAAGGUAAAAAUUUCUAAGACCAUCAGCAAUUAUAGCAUUCAAUGGUUUAAAAAACAUAAAUAAAAAUAAAGUAAUGUAGAAACAAAUUAAAUAAACGAUGCUGAACAUUCGAGAAUUGUGUCAGUUUCAAUCAUCAUGAAUUAACGUUAUACACUCUUUAAAUAGAACUGUCAAACAAAAACUAUUCCUUAGAACUGUCAAUCAAAAACUAUUCAUUAGAACUGUCAAUCAAAAACUAUUCCUUAGAACUGUCAAUCACAAACUAUUACUUAGAAUUGUCAAUCAAAAACUAUUCCUUAGAACUGUCAAUCAAAAACUAUUCCUUAGAAUUGUCAAUCAAAAACUAUUUCUUAGAACUGUCAAUCAAAAACUAUUCCUUAGAGCUGUCAAUCAAAAACUAUUCCUUAGAACUAUCAAUCAAAAACUUUUCCUUAGAACUGUCAAUCAAAAACUGUUCCUUAGAUCUGUCAAUCAAAAACUAUUCCUUAGAACUGUCAAUCAAAAACUAUUCGCUAGAACUGUCAAUCAAAAACUUAGAAUGCCAUACAGCAAACUAACGGUCAUAAAGAAAUGUGCGUCAUACGAAACAGCGUCAAGUACUUGAUAGUGGCAUAAACGCCAUAUGGCUAUUUAAUUAUUUUUACUCUGUUUUUGAAAGUGCUAUGUAUUUAUUAUUUUUUAGAAAAAUAAGUUAAUAAAAUAAUAACUUUAUACAGCAUACAAUUAGCAAUUUGAUUUCUUGGAGCGAAUCUUCUUGGUUACACACAGUAAACACUCAGUCCUAAAACCGUUUAUGCACAACGGUCUAUCUUGGUGGUCUAUGCUUCCGGUACUGUCCACUAUAACAGAUCGAGUAUACAAUUAAAUGCAUCUCCGCAAAAUAUUUGUUUGUCCUUAAAUAUAUGUAAGUAAAAGUCACGGAGUCAAGUCGGCAACGGAUUUAACUAUAGUAAUCUAAUUAUUCAUUACGCCCCAGUCGGAAUGCACUCUACAUCAUUCAAUUCAUCUCAUAUAUUAAUUUGUGUAGCUAUGAUAGUCAAAAUUAUGUCAAGGCUUAUCAUGUCCGACAAUUACAACCAACACAACAUAUGACUUAUCUUGUCAGGUGUGCCCACUAGUGAUUUAAGCAAGGCCAUCACUGACAUCAUUGCUCUAGCUGACGUCAUUAUAGCAAGCCCUGGAGCCAAUGGUAGGUUUGCUUUUUAAAAUGCAUUGGUACUUGUAAGUCCAGGAACUUGGUCGACUCUGCAAAGACUCACAUUAUAACUUUACAUUUUUUUGGCUUGCACUUUGUGAGGUAUUACCAUUUUUUGAUGUUGCUCUCAUUCCAGAAGAACGAAUAUUGACUCAAUGUUAAAGAACAAGAAUAUCCUGUACACCAGCCUUGCUUCGUAUUGUUUAUACGACUAUCUAUUAUUGUGUUAUUGAAUGAACUCUGUGCACAUUCUAUUUCAAACUCUCACAUACUUCCCCAGCUGACAAAAGUCAGGUUGACGAAGUCAUCUCAGCUACCAUUAAAACCAUCAAGAACCACGCAAAGACAGGUGAGGUUAACAUUUUUUUUAACCACCAAGAACCACGCAACGACAGGACACUUAACAUUUUUUAUCAUCCUGAUUACAUAUCUUUUUAAUAGUUGACCUUCUCUGAUCCAGCUCAUUCAAAAUCAUACCGUAGUAUCGAUAAAUAUAAAAUAUCUAGGUUUAGUUACCUUAUUAUUUAUCAUAGUAAAUUUCUAUUUGCACAUCUAAGUUGAAAUAGCUGAAAUUUGUAACGACAGUUAACGUCCACUAUAGUUGACAUCUUUCUUUGGAUAACUGCUACACUCCCCUUCAAACCAACACACCUUGUGACUUUGUAUUGACACAGACGCUUUGAUUUGUUGACCUUGACCAAAGAAUGUCAACUUUUUUGAUGUAGUACAAAGGGAAGCGCAUAUUUCCAAUGUCCCCUAUGGUGAUCUCCCCUUAGUUAGUCAUUGAGGAUAACCGUAACAGAGUAAUGCCGUGUUACUUGUAAAACAUACGUAUGAAAUUAAUACUUUUAACAAAGCAAUAAACAAGUCAACAAUUAAAUUUCAAGUCGAAACAUUUAUCAAAGUUAACAUUUUCCAUCUUUUAUUUUUACGGCAUGGACAAUUAUUAUAAUUAUAAUUAUUGUCAUUAUUUUGUUUUUCAAUGAUAGAGAGUGCUGUUAGUUUUUUGCUUCUGAUAUUCAAUAAUGUCGUUGUUCAUUUCAUAACACUCACAGCUGAACUCAUUUAAAACAUCACUUAAGUCGUUGUCGUGUAUAUAGCGGAUAGUAAUUUGUUUUGAAUGAAAUUCCAAAAUUAACAGUAGACUCAACACAAACAGUUCUCACAUCAUAUAAAAGCCAACAGCUAAAGUGCAACUUAACCUUCAGCUAUAUGGUAACGGUAUCUAAGAAAAAACCAAUGGUAUCUUCUAUACAAACAGAUGCAUUACUGUAGCCUACAAGUCAGAUGACAAAUGUUACAAUUUAAAGCCAAGUGUAAACACGACACAAUCACUGAAAAAUGAACAGUUUACCAAAGCCCACAUUACAAAAGCCCAUAUUACCAAAACCCAGUUAGAUAACCAAUAUCCAGAUUACCAAAUCCCAGAUUACAAAAGCCCAGAUACCAUACCCAAUCAAGCUGUGCAGGUUAAUUGUAAUUCUCCCUAGAUUUUCUUGCUUACAAAGGUUCAUCUAAAAUAUUGUAAAGUCAUGAAAAUAUUAUUGUCAACUAUUAUCCCCCUGUCUGAUAACUUGGUUUAAAUUUUCAUGAACCAACGUGAACUAAUCUACCAUUAAAAUGUAUUUGCCAUUGAAAGGAUCACAACAAAUAAAUUUAAAGAAAAAUCAAUAUUAAUUUUUUUUUUUUUUUUACUAUUAUAAAGGUGAUUCGUUGAACUUUAGAUUAAUUUCAUUUUAUUAAUAGUUAGCAGUAUAUUAGUUGUUUCUUUAUUCCAAUACACAAUAUUUACUUUUAUUUAAGAUUUCUCAUAUUAAAAUUUGUAUUAAUGUUUUAUUUGAAAUCUCCUUGAAGCGAAGAGUGACUGUUAUCCCAGGAACCUAGGACUAACUUUUGAUUUUGCUUGACCUAUUUCCAGGCAAACUAUCGUCCAGAAUGUGGGAGCUGUCACGUGCCAUCAUUUUGUUGUCAGAUCUUGCCAACGACUUCACUUUGCUAGCAGGUAAUAAAUUAUGUAUUAGUGUUAGACAGUAGCUUGGGAAUAAACAAUAACUUAAAGAUCAUGUUUAAAGUGUUGAACGUCAUAGAUUUCAACUUAUCACUCAUGUCAUACUUUUCGUGGGAAGCAAAUUCUCAUUGUAACGUGAUUUAUAUAGGAGUUCACUAUUUAAAAAGUCUUUUAAAAUGCGUUCGCCUAACCUUAAACUCAAUGUGACGUCCUGUGGAAAUAAUAAAGCAAUGAGAGUAGAAAUAAAGGUAAUUUUAGUAGGAGUAAAAGCAAUUUGAGUAUAAGUAAUUUGACAAGGAGUAAAAGUAAUUUGAGUAGGACUAAAAGUAAUUUUAGUAGAAGUAAAAGUAAUUUUAGUAGAAGUAAAUGUAAUCUGAGUGGUUGUAAAUGAAAUCGUAGUAGGAUUUAAAUAAGAAAGAUGUAUAAGCAUCAGUUUAUUGUGUUUUUAGUGAUUUUAUAGAUUUUUAAAAGUUUGUAGUAUUAUUUUCUAGACACUUCCAUUAUUUCUUGAUGUUCCUUAGAAUGCUCUCUGCCGAAGAUCGAUAACAUAUCGACAAAUAUUUCCGGAUUUGUUUAAUCGAGGAUUAACAGAUCUGGAUUAGGUCAAAUGUCAUUUAAGAUGUUGAACAAGAUAUGUGCGGAAACUUUAAUAAAAAUAAAAUUUAGGCCCCCCCCCCCCACUAGCGUUAAUCCGAACAUUUAAAAAAAAGUCCAGGCUGUGCCAUUACGGUUGUUCUUGUAGUGGCAAGGUAAAACUGUUACAUCGUUGUACAACUAGAUCGUGCAGAAGGAAAAGUUUAACAAAAUAUGACACCUUUAAAAAAAAAACAAACUAAACACAAUUCGUGUUAUUAUUUUGUAAAACUCACCCACUCACCCCCAAAUUGUUUUUCGCUACCCCACCUCCACCCCAACCUCAACUUUUCCCCCCUUUUCCCCUGCUCAAGACACCCAUAGCCAUUAACCUUCAUACUGUCAAUAUCAUUAUGCUCAGAUGACGAGGAAAAACUUUACAAAGCUGCAGUUGUCGUCAAGGCCACGGGUCAGGCUAUUCUGGAGAGCAUCCAAUUUCUUGGUAAGAUACAAAGGAAGGAAAUAUUCUAUCACUUAACGUCUUGGCAUAUCCCCCCCCCCCCCCCCCCCUCCCCCCCCCCCCGUAAUUUUACAAUAAUUUCUGGUAUAAACAUAAAUCUGAACAUAUAUUUAUGACGAAAGCCACUUUUUUUUUUUUAAAGAUAAGCUAAAAUAAGAUGCUCUUAUUUUUUCAAAUAAAUGGAACUUUGUUUUGAGUUACUGUACUGUAAAUACUGUGUUCAGUCUUGAAAUUCUUUGACUGGUUUUUGUUAAAAUAUCUACUUCCGAGAUUUCACUUCAAUUUAACAAUUUGGGGAGGGGGUGCACCUAAAUUUAACCAUUUGGAGGGUUUCACCAUGCGCUCUUUAUUUUAACCACAAUAUGACUCACCACUUAGACUUUAUGCCUCACUGAAAAUAAAAUAGAUAUAUACAUUUUUUUUCAGGUGAAGACCAAAUAAGUUUUGACCUAAGCCAGAGAGAGAAGAUUAUUGAGAGCGCUGGUAAGCAAUAUCAACGGAAUAUGUGUCUAAGCGUGAAUAAUUGUGAACUAAAGUCUUGAUCUGACAUUCUUGUGUAGGUUUGGCUGUAGAGACAGUGGAGGAUCACUUAACAGGGGAACUGAAGGAUUAAUUUACCGAGCAGAAUUAGAACAUAAAACUGUUUUAAUCGUUUCCUUUAUGCUACGUCCCCAUUAGCCGGUUAAAUAUGUCAGAUUGAUAAGCAGGAAAUACGCGAAACUAAUGUUGGCAAAUUUUGAGAAAAGACGCAACAAAACAUCGAAGAGUUCUUCAGUGUAACCCCCCCCCCCUUUCCACCCCGAUUAAAAAAAAAGAAGAAAAUAAAAGCAAUAGCCUACAAUGUAGUGUCACAGAGAAUCUCUCGAAUACCCCAUUGCAUCGAAAUGUUUAUUUUACCUAACCUGAUUGCAGUCUAUCCCCUUUUAUAGCCUUGAUAAAGUAAGGGAGAUUAUCAAAGCAGUCAUUAAAUGCCACGUGGGAGCCACGCAAGAAUUCCACUAUCUUCGUUUGACGCGUUGAACCUGUUCAUCAGACAGUUUAUGACUAAGGCCAGUAACUCAAGUUUAUCAGACAGUCUAAGCCUAGGGCCGGUAACUUAAGGGUAAUCAGACAGUUUAUUACUUAGGCCAGCAACUAAAGUUAAUCAUACGGUUAAGACUAGGGCCGGUAACUCAAGUUUAUCAGACAAUUUAUGACUAAGGUAAGUAACUCAAGUUUAUCAGACAUUUUAUGACCAAGGCCAGUAACCCAAGUUGAACAGAGUUUAUGACUAAGGCUAGUAACUUAAGUUUAUCAGUAAGUUUAUGACUAAGGUCAGUAAUUCAAGUUUUUUAGAUAGUUUAUAACUAAGGCCAGUAACUCAAGUUUAUCAGACAGUUUAUGACUAAGGCCAGUAACUCAAGUUUAUCAGACAGUUUAUGACUAAGGCCAGAAACUCAAGUUUAUCAGACAGUUUAUGACUAAGGCCAGAAACUCAAGUUUAUCAGACAGUUUAUGACUAAGGCCAUUAACUCAAGUUUAUCAGACAGUUUAUGACUAAGGCCAGAAACUCAAGUUUAUCAGACAGUUUAUGACUAAGGCCAGUAAAUCAAGGCCAGAAACUCAAGUUUAUCAGACAGUUUAUGACUAAGGCCAGAAACUCAAGUUUAUCAGACAGUUUAUGACUAAGGCCAGAAACUCAAGUUUAAUAGACAGUUUAUGAUUUAAAAAUGUUAAAUGAAAACAAAAGUUUGAUUCAUGUCAUUAGACUAUCACUGUCAUUUGAAAACACACUUACGUUGACACCUUCUAAAUAUUUAUUGAUACACCAACACACUUAUAAAGACACCAUCUAACUAUGUAUUGAUACACCAACACACUUAUAAAGACACCCUCUAAAUAUGUAUUGAUACACCAAGACACUUAUAAAGACACCAUAUAAAUAUGUAUUGAUACACCAACACACUUAUAAAGGCACCAUCUAACUAUGUAUUGAUACACCAACACACUUAUAAAGACACCAUCUAAAUAUGUAUUGAUACACCAACACACUUAUAAAGACACCAUCUAAAUAUGUAUUGAUACACCAACACACUUAUAAAGACACCAUCUAACUAUGUAUUGAUACACCAACACACUUAUAAAGACACCAUCUAAAUAUGUAUUGAUACACCAACACACUUAUAAAGACACCAUCUAAAUAUGUAUUGAUACCAACACACUUAUAAAGACACCAUCUAAAUAUGUAUUGAUACACCAACAAACUUAUAAAGACACCAUCUAAAUAUGUAUGGAUACACCAACACACUUAUAAAGGCACCAUCUAACUAUGUAUUGAUACACCAACACACUUAUAAAGGCACCAUCUAACUAUGUAUUGAUACACCAACACACUUAUAAAGACACCAUCUAAAUAUGUAUUGAUACACCAACACACUUAUAAAGACACCCUCUAAAUAUGUAUUGAUACACCAACAAACUUAUAAAGACACCAUCUAAAUAUGUAUUGAUACACCAACACACUUAUAAAGACACCAUCUAAAUAUGUAUUGAUACACCAACACACUUAUAAAGGCACCAUAUAACUAUGUAUUGAUACACCAACACACUUAUAAAGGCACCAUCUAACUAUGUAUUGAUACACCAACACACUUAUAAAGACACCCUCGAAAUAUGUAUUGAUACACCAACACACUUAUAAAGACACCAUCUAAAUAUGUAUUGAUACACCAACACACUUAUAAAGACACCAUCUAAAUAUGUAUUGAUACCAACACACUUAUAAAGACACCAUCUAACUAUGUAUUGAUAAACCAACACACUUUAAAGGCACCAUCUAACUAUGUAUUGAUACACCAACACACUUUUAAAGACACCAUCUAACUAUGUAUUGAUACCAACACACUUUUAAAGACACCAUCUAGCUAUGCAUUGAUACCAACACACUUUUAAAGGCACCAUCUAACUAUGUAUUGAUACACCAACACACUUUUAAAGACACCAUCUAACUAUGUAUUGAUACACCAACACACUUAUAAUGACACCAUCUAACUAUGUAUUGAUACGCUUAUUUGUUAAGCUGGUUUUCCCUCUUGCAGGACGGGUCAAGCGAGGUUGUAACGGAGUAAGUUUCUGGGGGAUUUGCAUCGGAAACACCUAUGGCAAAUAACAUAUUCGUUGCCAACCGAUGACCUUUGACCUACACUAAACAACUUAGGGGAGGUAAUUCAACGGAUUAGUGUU